GAGAGAGAGAAUUACACACGGCCAGGGCAACAACAGCAGAGCCAACCUGCUCGUUCUGCUUCUCUGGACGGGUCUCCUCUUCUUGCUGUAGCUGUGCUGCUCAGGGUGGAGGAGCUCCAUGCAGCUCAAGGUCAGCGGGCUCCAGCGGCAGCCCGUCCCGUCUGGAUCUCGGAGGCCUGCGGAGACGGUCGGGCCUCUGUUUCCCCGCCGUACAGCCGCCUAAUGUCCCCCGAGCACGGGGCCGCUCUGCAGGGCCGUGGGACCCCGAGGAGGAUGUGAGGCCUCGGGUCGCGGUCGGCGUCGCUUCUUCCAGCCUGAUCCUGUGUCGGAGGAAGGAGGGAAUGGGCCCGGCCUCGCUGCAGGAGGAGGAGGGAGAGCUGGAGGAAGAGUCCAAGGGGGAGAUGGAGGGCUACCGAUGCCUCCUGCAGGCGGGCUCCCAGCUGGAGAGCACUCUGCAGCAGGUGACUGUCCCUGUAAGCUUGAAGGAGGUAGGGGGCUACAUAGAGAAACAGGUGGCGUACCUGUCAGGGGGCCGCGGGGAAGACUCCAGUGUCAUCAUCACCCUGCCAGAGUGCUCCGCUUUCAGUGACAUACCGGAGGAAGCUUUAGCCAAAGUCUUUACCUACCUCACUCUCGUCCCCCGAACAAGGCAACCCGGGGUAAAGUUUAUCGUCAUUUUAGACCGAAGAUUGGAUACCUGGGCCUCAAUCAAAACUGCACUUGCAAGGAUAGCAGCAUCUUUUCCUGGGAACCUCCACCUGGUCUUGGUGCUCCGACCCACCAGCUUCUUCCACCGCACCGUUACUGACAUUGGCUUUCGCUUCAGCCAAGAGGACUUCAUGCUCAAGAUGCCAGUGGUGAUGCUGAGCUCUGUCACCGACCUGCUGCACUACAUUGAUGAAAACCAGCUUACUUCAGAGUUUGGAGGAACUUUGGACUAUUGCCAUAGCGACUGGAUUGUUUUACGAACAGCCAUUGAGAGUUUUGCGGUGACAGUCAAAGACAUUGCACAGAUGUUACAGGGGUUCGGCACUGAGCUGGCAGAGACAGAGCUUUGCGAUGAGGGGAAAACCAUCGAGUACCUCCUCGAGUCCCACACUGACAAGUACAGGAAACUCAAGGAUGCAAUCAGGUCGGUGUCAAAGGAAGGUCGCCAUCUUCUCGCAAGCCUGGAGACCUCCGGAAAGGAGGGUGACUCCCAGUGGGAUGUGAGGCUGGACUGGGAAACAGUACAGAGGCUGCUUUCUCAGCUCAGAGACAUGGAGUCAGCGUUCGAUGGUUUCUUUGAGAAGCAUCAUCUGAAACUCCAUCAGUACCUGCAGCUGCUUAGAUACGAACAAAGCUUCCAGGAGAUGGAGUUGUGUCUGGAGCAUCUGGUGGGUCAAGAGAGGGAGCUCUCCACAUCUGUUGACACUCUGGCUCAAACCGAACAGGCUCUCAAAAGGUUGGACUGCCUGGAAUCGAGUGCACAGGAGGUGACGUCUCGAGCUCAGAUCGUCGUCCUCCACGGACACCAGCUUUCGGCGGGUCACCACUACGCCGCGGCCCUCAUAAUGCAGCGCUGCAACGAGCUCCGCCACCACUGUGACACACUCAAUGCUGCUCUCAAGGCCAAGCACACGCGUCUUCUGCUCACACACCAGCUGCUGCUUUGUGUUGGACAGGCCCAAGGUUGGUGUGACGACGGAGCGUAUCUGCUGGCCAAUCAGCUGGUAGAUAAGUACCAGUCCAAGGAGGGGGCCCAGGCUGCUCUGAGGGACAUUGACAGGUUGCUGGAGUUGGCGCCGUCUUUGUUGAGCUCAGGACCGGACGCCCUGGCCAUCGAGUACGAAGCUGUCAUCACACCUCAGCUGCAGGCCCAGAUUGGGAAAACGUUUGAGAAGCACUCAGCGGUGCAGCAGAUGAUCCAGAGCCGACAGGCUUGUCUCAGGAAGCUGGCUGAUAAACACGUGCGACCCGUCCAACUGGUGGCCCCCAGGGCGGAGAACCCACCCCGCUCCAAGUCCCCGCUCUUCUCCCCCAAACACGGUGACGGGUUGAAGUUCACGUUCGACCUCUCUCUGCCCGGGAAGAGAACGUCCCGAAAGAGCCCCAACUCUAGAAAAAUUGAGGUGAUACACGACUACCAGGAGAGCCGGAGCUGCGUGUCCUACGGUCUGGACGGAGAGGACAGCCCAGAUGUCUUGAAGCGACACGUGAUGAGGGAACUAAUAGAGACGGAGAGAAUCUAUGUGGAGGAGCUGCUGUCAGUUCUGCUGGGAUACAGAGCAGAGAUGGACAGUCCAUCUCUGUCGGGGCUUCUGCCUGCGAUCCUGCGCAGCAAGAGGAACGUCCUCUUUGGAAACACGCCCGAGAUCUAUAACUUUCACAGCAGGGUUUUCCUUCAGGACCUGGAGGGAUGCCUGGAGGCUCCUGAAAGUGUGGGAGCCUGUUUCCUCAAGCGGAAAGAGAGUUUCCAAAUGUAUGAAUGCUACUGUCAGAAUAAGCCGCGCUCCGACGCGCUGUGGAAACAAUUCUCAGACUGCAGCUUCUUUCAGGAGUGUCAGAAGAAGCUGGAGCACAAACUGGGCUUGGACUCCUACCUUCUGAAACCAGUGCAGCGCCUCACCAAGUACCAGCUGCUGCUUAAGGAACUUCUCAAACACAGUACAGACUGCGAGGGCUCCUCAGAACUGCAGGAGGCCCUGACGGCGAUGCUGGACCUGCUCAAGUCAGUCAAUGACUCCAUGCAUCAGAUAGCCAUCACGGGAUACGAGGGGGACAUUUGCGAGCUGGGCCGCGUGCUGAUGCAGGGUUCUUUCAGCGUGUGGAUCAGCCACAAGAAGGGUCCCACGCGCAUGAAGGAGCUGGCUCGGUUCAAGCCCAUGCAGAGACACCUCUUCCUGUACGAGAGAGCCCUGCUCUUCUGCAAGCGCCGGGAGGAGCACGCAGGCGGCGGCGACAAGACCCCGUCGUACAGCUUCAAGCACUGUCUGAAGAUGACUGCUGUGGGGAUCACGGAGAACGUCAAGGGAGAUGUGAAGAAGUUUGAGAUCUGGUACAGUGGCAGGGAGGAAGUGUAUGUGGUUCAGGCUCCCACAGUGGAGGUGAAGAUGGCCUGGCUCAAUGAGCUCCGCAGGAUCCUGACCAACCAGCAGAAGCUAUUGAGAGACGAAGCAAAUCAACACGGCCAAAUGGUCGGGCACAUGCAGCUUCCUCCACCGCUCUCUGAGAGCAAACUGCAGAGGGCGUCAGUGAGCUCAGAGGAAACGGAGUCGGGGAGAAGCAGUCCGGACCCCCAGACUCACUCCCCCAAACACCUGCACAACCGCAAGAGUUGGCCCGGAGCUCAUAGUUCUGUCGACGUGUGCGAGGGUCUGGAUGGGUGGUCUGCAGGUCGGGGUGCCUUCCACCCGGCUGACGCGCAGGGGGAGGCUUUGGUGCAGCUGUCCCCAGGAACAUACAGAGCUUUGGCUGACUGCCUUCAAAACGGACCAGACAGCAUCGCCCUCAAAUGUGGAGACGUCAUCCAACUGCAGUUCGAAGACAACAAGGGACGCUGGAUGGUAAAAAACCUGAGCGGGCAGCGGGAGGGCUUCGUAGCAGUUUCCAGCCUGCAGCUGGUUCUAGUGGACACCAAUCGAGGGAACACCGGACUAAGGGACCCAAUAAACCCGAAGGCGAGAAAGCUCAGCUCCCCGUAGAGAAGAAAGCAGAGGAUGCGAAUCUGCCGGAAGGAACCAGUCGGACCGUAUCUGUCUCAUCGCUGAUCUUCACUCACCCAGCCACGUCUGCUUCCUCCGGCACAGAUCAAUGGUUAAAGGGAAGAACGCGAGAGUCCGCGCAGCUCAUUGUCUUCCAGCUUCUGAUGGACGAUCUACUGGGUUGACUGUCGCCGUCUUUUGGAUGGCGGAGGUGUGACGCGGCACCGCUGCAGAGGCUCAGGAGCCGUUUGGCCCUAUCCUGAUCCUGAUCCUGAUUGGUCUUUCUGAUUGGUGGGGAGAAUCCACCGCGUAUCCCAAACAGCGUCAGGCUGCGAGGUCGUUUGUCGAGUCACAAUCAGCGGAGUCUUCCUCAUUCCAAAUAGCAGCGGGUGUCCCUGUUGUGUCUCGUUGUGAAAGAACCCCAGGAUUUGCCUGAAACAUUUCUUAAAGCAGAGACUUUUCUACAUAUACAUACUUUUUAACAUUUGUCUUACCUUACCGUUUCCUCUUUGUGUAGCUACUUGAUAUUUGCCCAUCGAAUUACUUCAUUGUAUUGAAUUCCUCCUCAAGGCACAGUCUCGGAGUUAGAAUGGCCAAAAUGUGCCGUGCCAUAAUGCCUUUUUAUUCCUGCUCUUUUUGAGUCUCUGUACGUACUGUUUGCAAAAGGAAACACCCUGUUAUUGCUUUAACCUGACCUCAUAAAUAUUCAAAAGGCACUUUAAAAACGGUGGAUGGACAGGAGAGACAAACGGAAAAAUCCACCUACCGUCUCCUGAAUGUGUUUUCUUCUCCGCUUGGCCUUUGUCUUAUUGUGUGUUUUCUCGUACUCAUGCCGUGAGAUGCAGGGGUGGAUGCCGGCAGCGGGAGACAUGUCACAGUAAUAGACAAGAGAGAGAGGGGGGGAGACCCUGCUGUCUCCCCCCCCUCCUUCACAGCGCCAUCACAGCUCAGUUCAUCUGGGGUUCCCUAUAGAAAGGGAUCGUACUACCAGCACGAAAUGCACCCUCUGUGUUUUAACGCUUCGUUUUAUAUGAAUUGCAGACUUCUAUGAAUUCGCCGCUUCAAAUCGAGACCCUGUCAGAGGGCUGCCUUUAAAUCCACUGUGUUUGACAUGUGAAUUAGUGCAGAAAGCAGCGCUACACAUUUCCUAUGUUAUUUAUUUUACUGUCAUGUUGUUCCUUCAUAUUGUGAGGUUUCUAUGCAGCUCUGAAUGUAAUUACAAUUCCAUUUAUUUAAAAGGAUCAAAAACCCAUUCUAUUUAUUUGUAUCAUAUUUAACAAAACCGGAUGGUUUCUUUGUAACUUUAAUCCAAAAUGCUGCAGAUUUUGCACAGAUUUUCCAGCUGGAAAAACAAACAACAACUGCUUGAAAUAUUAGUUAACCCGAUGAGCCAAUUAACGUCAGCGGGUUAUUGAAUGUUUCUUUAAGAUGAAAAUGCAUGGCAACUAAACUCUGAGCAGCUUCGUACCGCUCGGCCUUUCCGAAUUGUUUCGCUUUUGUACGGCUUCAGUUUCAGUAAUGAAAUAAAUCUUUUAUUGCAAUAAUUAGUCAUUGAGAUUGAGAUUAAUUGAGAUACUGUUUGAUUGAAAACUAAGACUGUGCUUUUUUUCAUGCACGCUUAUUUCUGCAUUUUUGUUUCACUUCUAUAAUAAAACCAUGCAGAUUUU